AUGCUUGACAACUCACCACCCAGGCCAGCUGAGAAUAUCACCUGCAGCCGUUCCCACACUGGAAACGGCGGUGCAAACCCUUAUGCACACCUGUUGGAGCGGUUGCAUGGCUUCGAUGAAAACAUAUAUAACAUACAGACGCUGGGGAAGGAGAAGGUUUCUCGUCUUCCGCACUGCAUCCGUGUGCUAUUGGAGUCUGCUGUUCGCAACUGCGAUGGCUUCCUUGUCACAGAGGUUGAUGUCGAGCGCAUUUUGGAGUGGGAUACUCUCGUCAACAAAAAGACCAAUAGAAAUACUGGUCCACUAGAUGUUCCAUUCAUACCUGCUCGCGUUAUCCUCCAGGACUUCACAGGCGUGCCAUGCGUAGUCGAUCUCGCCGCCAUGCGCGACGCCAUGGUCAAGCUCGGAAGCGACCCUCUGAAGAUCAAUCCCAAGGUCCCUGUGGACCUUGUUAUUGAUCAUUCUGUACAGGUGGACAAGGCUAGAAGCAAGGACGCUGUGGCAUACAACGAGGAGAUAGAGAUGCAUCGCAACAGCGAACGCUUUUCCUUCCUAAAAUGGGCAGCAAAAACAUUUUCCCAAAUGCUUAUUGUGCCACCUGGCUCUGGAAUUGUUCAUCAAGUGAACCUCGAAUACCUCGCCAGGGUCGUAGUGACAAGGAAUGGAGUGUGCUUCCCCGACUCACUUGUCGGAACCGACUCCCACACAACCAUGAUCGAUGGGCUGGGCAUUGUUGGUUGGGGAGUGGGCGGCAUUGAAGCGGAGGCGACUAUGUUAGGCCAGCCAAUAUCAAUGACGCUUCCGCCAGUUUUGGGUGUGCGUCUUGUUGGACGGUUGAACCCCGCUUGCACAACUACAGAUCUCGUUCUGCAUGUUGUUCGCAUAUUACGCACAAGAGGUGUAGUAGACCACUUUGUCGAAUUUUUCGGGGAGGCCUGCGCCACACUCUCUGCUCCAGAUAGAGCAACCCUUGCAAACAUGAGUCCAGAAUUCGGCGCCACAAUUGGUUACUUCCCUCCUGAUGAAAUGACCCUCAAGUACUUACUUAGCACUGGCCGGAGCGCUGGAGAAGUUGAAAAGAUCAAAGCUUACCUGUUGCAACAAGGGAUGUUCAGGACCUACGACAAAUCUGAGCCGGAAGUUUCUUAUACAGACGUGCUGGAGGUGGACCUGUCCAAGAUCGAGCCAUGUGUUGCGGGUCCCAAACGUCCACAAGACGAAGUCCUUCUUCGCAACCUUAAAAAAGAGUUCAUUGCAAGCCUAAGCGCUCCCACCGGUUUCAAAGGUUUCGGGCUGAAAUCUGAGGCUGUCUCGUGCCGUGUCCCACUGACGUUCCAGGGCAAGACGUACGAACUCAGACAGGGCUCAGUAGUAAUUGCAGCCAUUACCAGCUGCACGAACACGUCGAAUCCAUCCGUAAUGGUUGGCGCUGGCCUAUUAGCUCGCAAGGCAGUGGAGCUGGGUCUUUCAGUUGCUCCGUACAUAAAAACAUCGCUCUCACCAGGCAGCCACGUUGUUCAGCGCUACCUCGAAGCUGCAGGCCUCUUGCAAGCCCUCGAAAAGCUUGGGUUUUACCUGGCAGGAAAUAGGAACUUUGAGGGUCGCGUGCACCCGCUCACUCGUGCAAAUUACUUGGCGUCCCCACCGCUUUGUGUCGCUUUUGCCAUUGCUGGUCGAGUGGACAUCGACUUUGAAACUGAACCACUGGGUAUUGGCACAAACGGCAAGGAAGUGUUUUUGCGCGACAUUUGGCCCAGCCCAGCCACCGUAAGUGAGGUGGUGGAAACCGUCCUUCUCCCGUCUCUAUUCAUGGAGGCCUACCAGAAUAUACAGCAAGGGAAUGAGAGCUGGAGAAAACUUGAAGCACCUGAGGGCGCGCUACUCAAGUGGCCCACCAAUUCAACAUAUAUUCACAGGCCUCCAUUCUUUGAAAGCCUUACAGUGGAGCUGGAUUUGAUGGAGCCCAUCACAAAGGCUAGAUGUCUUCUUCUAUUGGGAGAUAGCAUUACAACAGACCACAUUUCACCUGCCGGAAGAAUCGAAAAGAAUUCUCCUGCUGGCCGUUAUCUUCUUGCCAAAGGCGUGACGUUGUACAGAGAAUCUCAUACUCCUCUGAUUAUUAUCGCAGAGCAGCCCAUCAAAAUUCGUGUCGACCUUAUAGCUUACAAGCUAAAAUACAUGUGCGAAUCAGGAAAAGAGUACGGCUGUGGAAGCAGCAGGGACUGGGCAGCGAAGGGCGUGGCCCUACUAGGCGUGAAGGCAGUAAUUGCAGAGAGCUACGAACGGAUUCACAGAUCCAACUUAGUUGGAAUGGGGGUGCUUCCACUCCAGUUUUUAGAAGGAGAGUCUGCAUGUUCACUCGGAAUUACAGGAAUGGAAGAGUUUUCUAUCGACCUGACAAUUGUGGGAGUAAACGCAACAGUUCCGGUGCAGCUGGGUGAUGGUCGCCAGUUCACCGCUAAAUGCCGCCUGCAGACAAAGGUAGAGCUGGAAUACUUCAGAAACGGAGGAAUCCUGCAGUAUGUUAUACGAAAGGCAGCCGCCGAGUCAUCCGUCUAG